CGCUGACGUAAUUCUUCAGAAGCCACUCUGAAACGCCCAUCUUUCAAAAUCCACAGGCGCGCCCUGAUUGGCUGCAGCGGAACACGUGAUCAACGGUCGCGGGAAGUUCUCUGCCAUGCGCGUGAUGGGAAGGACCCAUUACUUGACUCAUUCAAAGUUUUUGUAAACAUUGCUAAAGUUUUUUUUCUUGGGAGAAAGACGCGUUUGUGUGUCGACGUGCCCCGAAGACGACGUAGAGGGUGGGAGCGGUGUGCGACUGGAUGGACGAAGGUUUUUAAUUUUUUUUUGUAUUUUGCUACUUUUUAGGACGUCGCUCCUACGGUGAAUACGACGGUAGUUCGCCAUUUCCCAGCUUUUCAGUUUCAAACAAGUUUUCUUUUUUUGUGUGUGUGUGUGAAGUCGGACUAAACAUUUUCGGAUACCUUAGCUUAAAGGUAAUUAUUUGACUUAGUUCUACGAAAAGCGGGUUUCACCCGCGAGUCUUUUUUUUUCUUUUUCUUUUUUUUUCCUUUUUCUCCGCCGACCGAGUUUGGCCUGGGAAAAUGUCGAGCUACAGUCGCCAUCGGCUCGAAACAACUUCCCCGAAGUCUCGACCGAUCCGCCAGAAGCUGCAGUUCACCUGCAGCGACGGAGAGGACGAGCCCAUCGAGGAUGUCAACAACAGCACCGGGGGAGAGUCCGGUUUCACGGAGAUGGACUCCCCGAUGCCCGUUCGACGCGACGCCGCGGACAAGCGGCUGGAAGGGAGCAGCAGCCCCCUGACUCCGUCCGACGGCGUGGAGCUGUGGGACGAAGAGGAGGAGGACGACUUCGGCUCCCCGGCGUCUCGCCUGCGGUCGCCGUGCAGCGUUAUCUUCGCCAACUGCUCGCCGUCGCCGAAGAAGGUGUCGCGGCUGUACGGAGGGUCUCCCGAGCGGAGCUUUCUCCCGGAGGAGGACGGGGAAGGGUCCAGUCCUCCGAUCCCGGACUGCCCUGACACACCUCCGCACAAAACCUUCAGAAAACUCCGGCUGUUCGACACACCGCACACACCAAAGAGUUUGCUGUCCAGGGCCAGGGGUUCUGGAUCAGGUUCCUCCAGCAGGAGAGUGGCUCUCUUCAAGAAUGUGGAGUCUCCACGAAAGUCGGUCACAGACAGCUGCAGGAGACAGCAGAUCCCCCUUGUCAACUUCAACCCCUUCACCCCCGACUCCAUACUCAUUCAGUCUGCAACACAACAGAGAAACAACAGGAAGAGAGCCCACUGGAAUGACUCAUGCGGAGAAGACAUGGAGGCAAGCGACGGGGAAGGAGAGGAUGAAGUACUCCCACCAUCAAAGAGGAUUACCAUGAUGGACGGCAACAUGAUGUCUCGUUACGCCUCCGAGUUCCUCGAGCUGGAGAAAAUCGGCGCCGGAGAGUUUGGGGCCGUGUUCAAGUGUGUGAAAAGGCUCGAUGGCUGUGUGUACGCUAUUAAGAGGUCGAAAAAACCCCUGGCAGGAUCGGUGGAUGAGCAGAACGCGUUGCGGGAGGUCUACGCCCAUGCCGUGCUUGGCCAACACCCCCACGUGGUGCGGUACUAUUCGGCUUGGGCUGAGGACGACCACAUGCUUAUUCAAAACGAGUACUGCAACGGCGGGACGCUGUCUGACGUCAUCACAGAGAAUUACAGGCAGCUCACCUUCUUGUCUGAGCUGCACCUGAAAGAUCUGCUGCUGCAAGUCUCCAGAGGCCUCAAAUACAUCCACUCCAUGUCGCUGGUGCACAUGGACAUUAAACCCAGCAACAUAUUCAUUUCUCGAAAAUCUGUAGCAAGCUGUGAUGAAUCAGAUGAUGAUGAUGAAGUAACAACUAGUGUUAUCUACAAAAUUGGUGAUCUUGGUCACGUGACGAGAGUAAACAACCCUCAGGUAGAAGAGGGUGACAGUAGAUAUUUGGCUAAUGAAGUCCUGCAAGAGGACUACAGUAACCUAACGAAGGCAGACAUCUUUGCUUUGGCUUUGACUGUCAUCAGUGCCUCAGGGGCUGAACCUCUGCCCACUAAUGGAGAAAAGUGGCAUGAAAUCAGACGGGGCAAGCUGCCUUCCAUCCCUCAAGUUCUUUCUUCCGAGUUUGUCAGUUUGCUCAAGUUAAUGAUCCACCCUGACCCGAGCAGGCGACCAUCGGCGUCAGACCUUAUAAAACACCCAGUACUUCUGACAGCUGCCAGAAUGAGCGCAGAUCAGCUCAGAGUUGAGCUCAAUGCAGAGAAAUUCAAGAAUGCCUUGCUUCAGAAAGAGCUGAAGAAAGCCCAGAUGGCCAGAGCAGCAGCUGAAGAGAAGGUUCUGUCCACCGACAGGGUCCUGACCCGCUCCACAGUCCAGUCCAACCCCAGAACUUCAAGGCUUAUUGGAAAGAAGAUGAAUCGGUCGGUCAGCCUUACGAUCUACUGAGACUUUACUUCGGUGUGAAGUAAAACACAAAGACUUAUGGACCUUUUUCAUCGAACCCGUUGACUUGGGUGUCUUUUUAUUCCUUCCCAGAGGAGAACCCUGUCCGUUACGUUGGGAUCGUCUUCCCAACCAAAGAUGUAGACUGUUCCUACACUAAACUGGAUGUUCUCUCAAUUGACUCUUGUUGCAUAGUUCAGCAUUUUUACAGUCAGGCUCAUUUCUCAAAGGUAGUUGCUUUACCUUCUCUACUCAAUCAUUCCUUAAGUUUCCGUAGAUGUCCAGCUCUUUCCCAGAUUGUCGUUGCACUUCCAUCGACAUAGCCGAAGCCUGCUGGCAGCUGUUCAGAGCUGCAUCGAAGCUCUCUUCAGUGUGAAUGUACUCGACUUAGCGGUGCGCACCUUACUGCCUGUCAUAAGCCUGAUGCUGGGUACCAGGUGGUCUGUGAAUGGACAAUGUCUCUUUUGUAAAGGAGCACUUUGGAGGCAACGUUUGGUAUUUCUACGUUAUUAUGAGAAGAAAACAAGGAAUUUGCUGCUAUUGAUGUUUUUGUAUGUACCAGGGUUUGGUCAGUCUAAUCUGGGUCCUUCUAGAGGUCAUUGGCUCUAUUUGGCAUCUCCUUCCAUUUAAUACUUUUCCUGGAAAGUGGAUCAUGGUAUUUGUUUAAAUUGCCAUAACCUGUGGUCUAACUCAUUGUGAGGUUUGAAUGGUCCAGUCUUUGAUUCCUCCCUGUUGAUCAGUGCUGCCAGCCCUUCCUGUAGCAUUACAAUCAUCGUCCUGUUCUUUGGAUGCUCAUGUGUUCUGUUGUCUUGUCAUCAUUUUCAUUAAGCUCAUCAUCUAUUACUGUUUAGAAAAAGCUUUUCUUUUCUUUCUUGCAUCGUCUAACACAAAAGGCUUUUUUUCUCCCAAACCAUGUACAUAUGUUCUUCAAUAAAUCUUCUUUACUUGCUCUGU